GCCACGCCUGUAGGCGGACCAGCGCCAUCGUCAGACCAGACGCUGGAUACAGACAACAACAGUGACAGACCGAGAGAGAAAGACCGCAUUUCUUUUUUUUUCCUUUCAGUUAUGGGUGUAGUCUGAGAGGUGGAAAUUGUAAUUGCACUGCAGCUUUACCUCGAAGUUUAAUCCUGAUGAAGGAGCUCCGUCCUGGCUGAGUUGGGAGAUGGGAGUACUUAACAUCGCAGACCAGCCUCCUCUGGUCCAGGCCAUCUUCAGUCGUAAUACUGAAGAAGUUCAACUGUUAUUGCACAGAAAGGAAGAUGUCAAUGCACUGGACCAUGAGCGCCGCACACCACUUCAUGCUGCUGCCUGUGUGGGUGAUGUCCAUAUUAUGGACCUCCUCAUUGAAUCAGGUGCCAGUGUAAAUGCUAAAGACAACGUUUGGUUGACCCCGUUGCACAGGGCAGCUGCUUCAAGGAAUGAAAGAGCAGUGGGUCUUCUGCUGAGGCGCGGAGCCGAGCCAAACACGCGAGACAAGUUCUGGCAGACGCCGCUGCAUGUGGCUGCUGCCAACCGUGCCACGCGCUGUGCAGAGGCUCUGCUGACCCAGCUGAGCAACCUGAACAUGGCAGAUCGCACUGGUCGGACUGCCCUGCACCAUGCGGCUCAGAGUGGUUUCCAAGAGAUGGUGAAGCUGCUGCUGAACAAAGGAGCCAACCUGAGUGCCAUUGAUAAGAAGGAGAGGCAACCUAUUCAUUGUGCUGCUUAUUUGGGACAUUCGGAGGUUGUGAAGAUGCUGAUAUCCCGUGGUGCUGACAAGAGCUGCAAGGAUAAACUGGGUUACACUCCUCUCCAUGCUGCUGCUGCAAGUGGUCACAUCGAAAUUGUAAAGUACCUUCUGAGGAUGGGAGCAGAGAUCGAUGAGCCCAACGGCUUCGGAAACACUGCGCUUCACGUGGCUUGCUACAUGGGACAGGAAGCUGUGGCGACAGAGCUGGUGAACCACGGCGCCAACGUUAACCAGCCCAACAAGUGCGGCUUCACCCCUCUGCACCUGGCUGCCGUCUCCACCAAUGGUGCCCUGUGUUUGGAGUUGCUGGUCAACAACGGGGCUGAUGUCAACCAGCAGAGCAAAGAAGGGAAGAGCCCCCUGCACAUGGCAGCCAUUCAUGGACGCUUCACACGCUCGCAGAUCCUCAUCCAAAACGGUGGGGAAAUUGACUGUGUGGAUAAAUAUGGCAAUACCCCCCUCCACGUUGCUGCUAAGUAUGGCCAUGAACUGCUGAUCAGCACUCUGAUGACCAACGGAGCAGACACAGCCAGACGUGGGAUCCAUGGAAUGUUCCCCUUGCACUUAGCUGUGCUGUACGGGUUUUCAGACUGUUGUCGCAAGUUACUCUCCUCAGGUCAGCUGUAUAGUAUAGUUUCAUCUAUGAGUAAAGAGCAUGUGCUAUCGGCUGGGUUUGACAUCAACACCCCUGACAACUUUGGGAGGACCUGUCUACACGCUGCUGCCUCUGGAGGAAAUGUUGAAUGUCUGAACUUGCUCUUAAGUAGUGGUACUGACUUGAACAAGAGAGACAUAAUGGGAAGGACACCGUUGCACUAUGCGGCUGCUAAUGGGAGGUACCAGUGCACCGUGGCUCUGGUGAAUGCUGGCGCCGAGGUAAACGAGCAAGACCAGACUGGCUGCACUCCCCUGCACUAUUCUGCUGCCUCCCAAGCCUUCAGCAGAACUGAUCGCCAAUUUUCUGGGAACCAUCAAAAUACUGAGGAUGAGACGAAAGAGUCCUACUUUUGCUUGGAGCAUCUUCUGGACAAUGGUGCUGAUCCGUCUAUGGUCAACUCUAAAGGUUACAGUGCUGUUCACUAUGCAGCUUACCACGGCAACAAGCAGAACCUGGAGCUGCUCUUGGAGAUGUCCUUUAAUGCACUUGGAGACAUAGAGAGCAGCAUUCCAGUCAGUCCUCUUCAUCUCGCUGCUGAUCGGGGCCACUGGCAGGCCCUGCGCGUGCUCACAGAGACGGCAGCCUAUGUGGACAUGCAGGACGCCGCCGGCCGCUCUGUGCUCUACCUGGCGGCGCAGAAAGGCUACGCUCGCUGCGUGGAGGUGCUUUUAGCUCAGGGGGCCUCCUGUUUGCUCAAUGACAACCAUCUCAUGUGGACUCCGAUUCAUGUUGCAGCUGCCAACGGUCACUCUGACUGCCUGCGCAUGAUGAUUGACUACGGGGAAGAGGGGGAUCUCAUCAAUGUCACGGACAAAUUUGGCCAAACCCCUUUAAUGCUCUCUGUUCUGGGCGGGCACACUGACUGUGUCCACUUCCUGCUGGAGAAAAGCGCUCUACCGGACGCUAAGGACAAGAGAGGACACACGGCUUUGCACAGAGGGGCAGUGUUGGGACAUGAUGACUGUGUAGCAGCUCUGCUGGCACACAAAGCUUCUCCGUUGUGUCGGGACGCCCAGGGUAGGACGCCGCUGCACUAUGCUGCCUCCAGAGGCCACACAGAGAUCCUGGCCAGUCUGGUACAGGUCACCAUGGCAACUGACCCACAGGACAAACUGCUGGACAACAAACAAUACACGCCGAUACACUGGGCUGCUUACAAAGGGCAUGAAGACUGUUUGGAGGUUUUACUUGAAUUUAAAACAUUUAUUCAUGAAGAGGGAGACCCUUUCACUCCCCUGCACUGUGCUCUGAUGAACGGCCACAGCGGCGCUGCAGAGAGGCUGCUGGAAUCUGCCAGGGUCCACAUGAUUAACACCCGAGACGCCAAAGGAAGGACCCCGCUGCAUGCAGCUGCGUUUGCUGAGGAUGUGGCAGGACUUCAGCUGGUGCUUCGCCACGGCGCAGAGAUCAAUGCCGUGGAUACGAGUGGACGCUCUGCUCUUAUGGUGGCUGCUGACAGGGGACUCAGUGGCACUGUGGCCAUCCUCCUCCACCGAGCCAAGGCCGACCUGACACUGCUGGAUGAGAACAGGAACACUGCCCUGCACCUGGCCUGCAGCAAGGCCCAUGAGAUGUGCGCUCUGCUGAUUCUGGGAGAGAUCCACAAUCCCACUCUCAUAAAUGCCACCAACAGUGCACUGCAAAUGCCCCUCCAUCUUGCAGCUCGUAACGGCCUGGCUACGGUGGUGCAGGCGCUGCUGAGUAGAGGAGCCACGGUGCUGGCUGUGGAUGAGGAAGGCCACACCCCGGCUCUGGCCUGUGCGCCCAACAAGGACGUGGCUGACUGCCUGGCUCUGAUCCUAUCUACCAUGAAGCCUUUCCCUCAGCGGGACCCUUCCUCCUGCUCCUCCUCCUCGCCCACCGUCUCCUCCUCCGCCGGUCUCAACUUGCUGAAGCACUGCGGCAUCACCGCCGCCUGCUCCCCUCUGCCCAGCAACGGCCUCCACAACGGCUACGUCAAAGACCGCCACGGUGCACCAGUGGGCCUGGACGGGUGUCUGUCUGAGUGAACUCAGCCAGCUGCUAUCGACAUCACCACCACCAGGGGGCGACUACCUUAAACAUGGUCAAGAGGACCAGAAGAGCACCCACCCACAUGUCUGUUUUCUCUGUAUGUACGUGUUCGUGCGUCUGUGCGUGCGUGAGCGUUUGGUCUUCUCUUGAGGUGCAGUCAAACCUAUUAUGCAAUUAGAUCCCAUUCCUCCAUCUCCUGGUAGUGCUUAAUGCAAAAGAGGCAGAUCGCUCUACAAGGUCACCACGACGAGGCAUUUACUACGAACUAGCAAUCUGGCCAUCUCUAAAUUAUUUAACCCUUUAAAGCCCUGCUGACGUCAUUAUAUAGCCAACUUCUCAGAGCAUGGCGGUAUCUGCACCAACUGUCCUUUUUCUCCAUAUCGUUCAGUAGAGAAGUCAUAUCAUGUUUAACCAGAAAGGUGACCUUGUAGAGGAUCGUACAGCCUUCCCAAAAGAAUGAUCAAAGAGUUUUUGAGCCUUUUUUUUUUUAUUAUUAAAUUGUCUACUAGCCUAGAUUUUUAUGAAGGAACCACACAAGGGAAAGUCAAAGUUUUUGCGUAAGAGUGCAAUGCUUUUUGUACUACAGUACAAUCUGAAAUUUGGGAAAAAGGGUCAUAAAGUUGUUAAAUCCUUAGCUUACUCUAAACGUAUGGCCUAGAAAUAUUUGGCAUUUUAAGAUGAUUUGGUAAAUGCUGCUGAAUUCUUGAGCAUGUCUCCUUCCAAAGGAGAGCCAUUCUGGGGUCGGCGCCGAAACGUGCCGCGUGCCGACCCCGCUUUUUGUUUUUAAAGAUGCUAAAUAAGUGUUUGUUAAGCUAGAAUGUUUCUAAGCAUAUAAGUUAUGACCAAAGUUGAUCAACACUACUAUGGCUAUAAAUUAUUUAUUUGAGAUGAACUGUACUGUAUAGAGAAAGACAAUAGAUCUCGAUAUACCUCGUCAACUUGUUUAGCAGCUGCUUCAUCUUCACCCAGGGUCCGUAGGCCUAACGUUCUCUUCUUUUUUUGUUUUUUUUGUUUGUUUGUUUUCGUAGGACUUAGAGAACUGCUGUAGGAUAGUGACUGACUGAGGCCUUGUUUAUUUCUAGAUGAAGGCUUUACUAGUAAUAUCUGCCAACAACACCUCAUCGAAGCAUCUUAUAUCUGAGCACAUAAAUGAACAAGCCAUUUCAAUUUAUUUCCCAUCUCUUUAACAGUGUUUUCCAGAGAAGAUUUCACAAUUUGAAUGGCCUGAUUACUGAAAGAGAGCAAUCAGUCUUGUUUUUAGGCACUAAUAAUAUUUUCCUUUUGUUUUUUUAUUUUUAUUUUUGGUGCGUGUGUCUAAAUUUUGAGCUGGCCAUUGACGUUUAAGCUCUCGCUAACGGAGUAUUUCGUGGAGCUGGUGAAGUUGUCUUAAGAAUCGCAGCUUCUUAGUGGUGAACUGAUCCGUUUAAACAAAUAUUGUCUCUUUUUCUUUUGAACUAUUAAAAUUAUUGGGCGGUUUCCAAGCAAUAUUUUCUUUUUUGCCUUUUUGUUGAGCGUUAUUAAAUAGACAAUCACUGUCACAAGGGCUUUUGUUUCCCUAGAAUGUGUUUUUUUUUUGUUUGUUUUUUUCAUUUCUUUUGAUUUACCUAAAGACUAAACGAAUGGCUCUGUGCGUGCCGGGCAUUUUACUGUCAGUGUCAACUUAAAUGCACUGGAUUGCCUUUGUGGCAUCUCAAGAAAUGCCUUUUGACCCAUGCCUUCUACGACGCUUCAUUUCAGUUGGAUUGCUUGGUGGUAGAACGCAACAAGCCCUGACACUGAUUAUGUUGCCGCCCGUUUGAUGGCAGCGGCAUUUAACUACAGUUACACCAUCGUAUCUAAUGGGAGUUUUAAGUAGAUAAACGACGAAUAAAUAAAUAAAUGCUUGGCUUAUCUUUACGCUCCGGCAUUGUUAGUCGAGCAGGGAGGUCGUAUCCCUGCAAGAAACAAAUAGGGCUAAGGAGAGAAGAAGAAGAAGAAGAAGUAUCUCUGCUUAGGCCAAUCCCUGUUUAGAUUUCAGGAAUAGCAGAAAUCCAAAUAUGUGCUUUUAUUUGUGUUAAUUUAGUUGUCUCCUCAUCCCAUUUUCUGGUAUUAAGCAUACUAAAGAUGAUUGUAUCAGACCACUAGAGCUGUUGGUGACUCCUAGAUGUUUUAUCUAUGCUAUUUAGUUGUGUUGAGCCAUCUGACGGUGGUUAGCUGAGUCAGAUGGCUUUCCUUGGUGUGAUGACUUCAUAUCCGCUGGUGUUGAAGUGGCACAAUUGCACACGUUAGUUUGACUGGAUAAGAGAAGAGGACCUAGACUAGACUUUGUUGUUGAAUACACUUUACAAAGGAAAAAAUGCUUUCACGGCGGUGUAUUAAGCUUGGUUUUUGUUUCUCAAACUGACGAAUAUUCUUUUCAGAGCAGCAAUCUCAUUGAGUUAAGAGUUAUAGAUUACUACUUUAUUCGGCAUCUAUGACUGAAACUGAACAAAUCUGUGAAGCCCAGCCUUUUGUUCUCCUGUUGGAAAGGCGGUGAUGUUAGCUGGGGCUUUUUCACCAAACUGGUUCCAGUGCUAAACUGUGGCUGGUGCUUCCUUGGCGCCAGUUGUUUCUGUUCCCAGCUCUGGUAGCGAUUAACUGGUUCAUUCUUUGCUCCAACUGGAGUGAAAAAAACACUUUGAUCAGGAGCUGGAAGUGGGAAAAGGGAGAUAAACGACCAAUGAUUUCACUAAUUUAGAGCAAAAAUGGAAAGAAACAAACACUUGAAUUUCAUAUUAAAAGAUAAACUCUCUCUCUCUCAUGUUUCCAUUAAUUAUACUGAAAUCCCCAGCUUAGUUUUGGAACACUAAGUUAUUUUCUAUCCUCAGAUACUGUUAAGAAAUGCUCUAAUCGCAGAGUUUAAGAGUUAAUCGCAACACUGCUGGUGGUAUUAAGAGUUAAUAGAUUAAUCUGGUGAUAAUAGAGCAUCUUUUUUGCACAAAUGGGGAGAAAAAAUGUUUAAUUUUUGGAGGUAAAAGCACUGAUAUCACCCUGGCAAAUUAGAAAUAAAAGUAAUAAAAGAUCAGACUAGAUUAAACCAACCUGUUUCUGGCUCCUGUUUCUCUUUUUUAUCUUUUUUUUUUUUGGAACCACUUUAGUGGAAAAUGCCCCACUGAUACUGCAGAUAGGUACAUACUUUCACUAUUCUUCUCAGGAUUCCUGCUAAAACAGCAGAUCGAGUUUCUUAAUUCAAUCAGAUCUCUUAUAUCUAAAGUUUUUUUCAGUUUUUUCUUUUACAUAUUAUUUUUCUCCCCGAGAUGGGAUGUUCCAAAAUUCAAUUUUUUAAAAAUCCGUAAUCCUACAGCACUUAAUUACAUAGUCAAGCACGCACUUUAGUACAUUCAGGUUCUAAGUGUGCAGAGUAGAGCAGAUGUAAUGUAUGUACUUAUGUUUACAUGCAUGUGUUGCUGCUGAAUACAGGAAAUGUAAAUGAGAAAAGGUGAAGAAGAAAAAAAGAAGCAAAGGCUGGAACUAAAUUGUACUGCAACAAUGCAUUAUUUACAAAAAUAAAACGUAUAUAUAUAUAUAUAUAUAUAUAUAUAUAUAUAUUGAAUAAAAAAGGGGUGUUUCUAAGCACUUGGGGACAGAGUCCGCUCCCUGCUGACUUGUUAUCUCUUCCCAUCACCCAGCCUACUGUUAACAAUGCAGACUUUGGCCUAAGUCCUGCAAAGUCAGUUGCGAGAUUAAACCAACACCUCAGGCAGGCGGGCAGGCUUCACUAAACGCUCUCCAUAUCCUCUCUGCCAUCUGUAGGUGCUGUCAGGCCAGCCUGGUUUUGGGCAGGGAUUUUUUAUUUCAUUUCUCGUGAUGUCCUUAUCUGUGUCGUAAAUGGAGUCAGUCAUUGACUUGUGCAAUGGCGCUUGAUGUAAUCUGUUUUUUUCUUUUUGUAUUACAGUAUUCUUAUACAUGCUUUUUAUUUUACUUUUUGUGUACCAGUGAUACCAGUGAUUGUGCAUGGAGCUAGGUUGCAGUUGUGACGUAGCUACUAUUAAACAAAUGGAGCAUAAUAUACAAUAUAUUUGGAGUCAGAGAUGGAAAGAAAGAAAGAAAGCAAUGAAAGGUCCAAUUGUAGCAAUAGCGUGUGUGUGUAAAAGUGUGCAGCACAAAUAUUGCACUGCCAUCCAUUUUAGGCCAAUUCAGUAAAUCAUAGCAUCAAUGCCAAUGGAAGAUUCAAAUGCGGGUUAGAUGUCAUAUUUUAUCACGAAUAAGGCCUGUUUGCCAAAACGUGUUGAGAGGGAGGGAGAGAGGAAAGCCUCUCUGUUAAGCAGCAAUGGAUUUAUGCAUAUGUUCAAGCAGUUUACAGUCUGACCAUCAAAUCUGAGCCAUGAAUUUACUGACUGAAAUGAAUGUAGGGUCAGUUCAGAGCGCGACAGUUUUCUUUCUCCCGACUUUAAACUGUUGCUCUUCAUUUGUCUUGCGUAGAUAUGAAUAUACAGGUAGCAUGUAGAAAUAUAACUCUCUACUUAUUCUAAUGUAUGUGUAGUAGUCUUCCUGCUUUGAAGGUCUGGAUAUGUUUUGGUUUUUUUGUUUAGGUCCCCCCCCGCCCCCCUCUCUCCCUCCUUCUAGGCGUUUGUAGUUGUGUAGAUUGAAGCCUAAAACCAUAAAGGAUAAAAGUGUAGAUGAAUUUAACAUUAACGGUCAUCCAUUCCAUUGAGAUUGCCUUACAGUACAGUGAAACAAGACGGACGAAAAAUAAAAGGGUCUACAGUAGAUAAGAUGACACAUACUCAUAAAUAGCCUAUAUUUGACAAAAUGCACCUAAGCUACACCCAUUUAGUGCCAUAGAAACCUUGAUUUGCCUUUAGACAUGAAUCAUAUUUACUCGGUCAGUAACAUAUUCAGACGUAGACAGGAUUCUUACAGUUUUGUGUUCGGAGCUGCAUGUCUCUAAGCCAGUUAUAUUACUCAAAAGAAAGCUAUAUAAACAUGUGCAUGAGAAAUUACUACUUAAAAUACAAGUAUUCUGUUGAAUUUUGGUGUAUUUUAUAAUUGGACAUUUUUUCUGAAGUAUAUAGGUAGUCCCUUUAGUAUUGACAAAGCAAUCCAUUGUUUGUGUGUUUAACAAGGUGGUUUAUAUUGUGUGUUACAAAGGAGAAAAAAAAACAUUUUUGAUGUCCAAAAGACGAAAAAAAAAAAGCAUAGUAUAUACAAUAUAGAAUUGAUUUGCCUCAAUGGAUGUCUUGGUUUUUACUUGAAGUAAAUGGCAAAUUUCAAUUCAACUCUGAUCCACUGUUGAGCCUUUUGCCUUAAAAGCUAUAACAGAAAAUAAAACCUGGCAGCACCCGAGAUGCUACAUCUCCUGUAGAGUUAUGCUUCUUGCUUUGAUUGCUUUAAAAAAAUAAAAUUGGCUACUUUUAGGUCCCGCAGACGCCACCCCGGGGGGUCGAGAAGCACACGGAUAAAUUGAGGUAGCACAUAGCUCAAGGUUGCCAUGGUACCAAGAUGGCUCUGAGAGGUUGGGAUUUCGCCAUAUUUUCCACUGUGAAUGAAUGAAUGAAUUCAGAAUUCACUUGUAAACACAAUCAAACUAUGGCUUCUCUGUUAUCCAGAGCCAAGUGAUACUGGGAAUUGACGUUGUGUACCUCAAAAAAAAAAAAACUAAGACAGGAAGGAUGCUUGUACAGCUAUGCUAACAAAGAGUUUAAAAAAAUCCUUGUACAUCCAUCUUGUGGGUUGUGUAAUUCUGCUUAAACCAGCCUAAACCAGACGAUCUGCGCGGAAGCGUUUGAUCAGCGUUGGCGGAUGUCUCAUGUUUCCUACCUUGCGAAGGGGCAGCCAACUGCACCUUGUACUUUUUAUUGGACCUGCAGUUUUACCUCAUCAGUGAUCUUUUGUGUGACGAUGCUGACAUUGAUUGUGUGGUGUUUUUGUUCCUUUCCCCUGAUGUCAGUCAUGUAGAUUACUCACAAGUAGAAGAAGUAGUUUUGUGUGCUUGUGACUUUACAACAGAAGUUUGUCAUAUCUAAACAUGCACUAGCCCUUUUUUCCUUUUUUUUUU